UUUAAAAUAUUGAAGAUGUGGACGAGGAACAAAAAUCCAAACAUGUAGGCUACGGGAUCAUUUGUAGAUCCCUAAAUGCUGGUCUAAGGAAACUCGCCGUCAACAUGAUUCCUUUCCCACGUCUCCAUUUUUUCAUGACAAGUUUUGCUCCUCUUAUGUGCUUUGACAACCGCGUUUAUAACGCAGAUACUGUAUCCAUGUUGACGAAACAAAUAUUUAACGCCCGUAAUAUGAUGACAGCCUGUGACCCAAGACACGGACGCUACCUGAGCGCCGCUGCUGUUUAUCGAGGGAAUGUUUCCGUUUGUGAAGUAGACCAGGAAAUUCAAGGCGUUCAAAACAAAAAGAGUAAUUACUUUGUUGAUUGGAUUCCAUACAACGUUAAGACAGCUGUAUGCAAUAUAGCGCCACCAAACUUUAAGAAAACGGCAACAUUUAUUGGAAAUAAUACAGCUAUUUCUGAAAUUAUAAGGCGAGUUUCAGAGCAAUUCACCAUGAUGUUAAAACGAAGAGUGUAUUUACAUUCUUAUUUUAAUGAAGGUAUGGAUGAAUUGGAGUUCAAAGAGACCGAAUCAAGCCUCAGUGAUAUUGUGUCCGAGUACCAGCAGUACGAAAUUGUUGGAGUUGAUGAUGACGACGACUCGGAACUGGAUGAUGAAAUGGAGUAUUGAACAAGAUCCAUAUUGGGAGGCCUAUUAGACGGUACAUACUCAGAUUUG